CCUCGCACCCGAACCCAGCCGUCCAGUCCAGAUUCUGCACCCCCACCACUCCGACGCGCCAUUGGCCACCACCACCACCAUCCGCAUCCGCCGCCAAAUUUCCCCACCUCGCCGACGCAGCAGCAAUGGCGACUCCACCAUCAGCGAUCCUCCGCUGCCUCCUCCUCCUCGUCGUCGCCUUCCCCUCUCACCCGCGGGCCACGGCCGCCGCGGGGCCUGCGCCGCUGUCCUCCUCCCCGUUCGACGCCGCGUUGGCGAAGCUCCAGGCGCGGAUCGGCUACGCCUUCCGGGCGCCGGACCUCCUCCGCCGGGCCAUGACCCACGCCUCCUACUCCAGCGAGAACGGCCGGGCUCUCGCCGUCCUGGGCCUCGCCGCCGCCCAGUCCGCCGCGGCGCUCGGCACCCUCGCCGCCGACAACGACGCCGCGGCCUCCGCCGUGUCGCGCCGCGCAAGCGAGGCGGCCUCCGAGGCCGCGUGCGCCGCCGCGGGGAAGCACGUCGGGAUCCCGGCCAUCGUGCGCGUCGCUAGCCGGACCAGCGCGUCCGCGGCACCCGUCGUCUGCGGCGCGCUUCGGGCGCUCAUCGGCGCCGUCGCCGUCGACGCCAAUAGCACGGACGCCGCCCUGGAGGUCUUCUGGAAGCUGCACGUGCUCACUGCUACUACCACCGCCGACAUGUGAGGCCGGGAUUAUCAUCCAGAGCAGCUAGAUUAUCAUCAUGUACCUUCUAGUAAUCUACGAGUAUUGCUGGACUAGUGUGGAUUUGCACCUUCCGAACCACCAGUGUUCUACUAGCACGUCUCUACUGUGUUUAGGGACCCUUAGUUUAGUGACUGCUCAUCAACUCUUCUGAUGUUCAACUGUCACUUACUACUAGUCUCUACAGUAUAUCUACUGGUAGCAUGCUAUGCUCCAUCCAGGAAUGUCCAUUUGGAUUUCUGGCUGCAAUAAAAUGUGAUGGGUCGUGGAACAUGAA